UCCAUCAACAAGAAAGCGUGCAUUUCAAAGGCAACUUCAUCGAAAUAUAUCAUGUCUUAUCAGUCGGAAAGAGACAAUCUUAUGUCGGAUAGCGUUGAGAAAUUUAAAGAAAUUGCACGGCAGAUUGAGAACGAAGAACAUGGCCGUGGAGAUGACCGGGAAACGAGCAAUGAAAGAGAGUUUCAUCGUAGUAAUUUUGAGAGGGAACGCAAUUUGGAUUCCUCUCACUCGCAUCGUUAUCAACCUUACAGCACUUCGAAAUCUGAUCGUGAAUCGAGAUUAAACAAACGAGAGAAUCGCGUUUACGUGUAUAACUUACCCUUUUCUUUAAAAUGGCAAGACCUCAAAGAUCACAUGAAGAAAGUUGGCGAUGUUGUUUUUGCUGAAAUUAUGGAGGAUUCUUCAGGACGGUCCAAGGGCUGUGGUGUUGUUGAGUUUACAUCAUCAGAAGAUGCGCAGAGGGCAAUACGAGAGUUGAAUGAUACUAAUCUUGGAGGACGACUGAUGAAAAUACGAGAGGAUCACCAAGAUCGAGACGAGCGACCACGAAGACCUCGUGAGAGAAGCAGUCGUGAUAGAGACAGCAGUAGUUCAUCUGGUAACCUUGGCAGUGUUGCAGGAUUGAGCAUGCUGGGUCUCGGGCAACUUGGUCUUCUACAACAAAUGAGUUCCAAAUCGGACGCCGCUUCCUGUUCUGUGUUUGUCAGCAAUCUUGAUUACAGAGUAACAUGGGCAAAGUUAAAAGAUACAUUCAAGGCUGCAGGAAGAGUUGUACGAGCUGAUGUUGCAGAAGAUAAUGACAAGAAGUCAAAAGGUCAUGGCACUGUGCAGUUCGAGACACCUUUAGAAGCAAUUAAUGCUGUCUUUAUCAUGAAUGGUAAAUCCAUUUACGACAGGUCAAUGAAUGUUCGACUGGACCGUGAGUCGCCAUUCUUUAGCCUGUUUGGUGGUCAUGAUGGUGGGAAAAGCACUUCAAGUUUGUCAGCUGCAGCUGGCCUGCAAUCAAACAUGCCUAGCUUGUCCAGUUUGACAAGUUUAGCAGGUUUGAGCAAUAUGGGUGGCCUAGGUGGGGGAAUCAAUCCUUUGGCUUUGCUUCAACUUCAGAACUUGCAAAGUCAGAUGAACAAUAUGUCUGGAUUGGGUAGCAUGGCAGGUCUAGGUAACAUGGCUGGCCUCAGUGGCUUGGCAGGCUUCGGUUCGGCAGGGAUGAAUCUUGGCACUGGGUCGGGCACCAGUUCUCUGCAAAGUUCACAGGCUGAUACUUCAUCGUUGAGUUCAGCAGCUUUUCCAAAUGCCAGUUCAAUGAACACUGCUAAUGGUAACAUGGUUGGUGGAGCUAGUAACCCCUACGCUCUCUGGAUGCAACAGUUGUAUGGUAUGCAAGGUUAUGGUGGCUUUCAGGGCUCGUUUGCAGGAACCGAUACACAACAGCAACAAAACAAGGGUGAUCCAGCAAAGCAAGUGUUUGUGCGCAAUCUUCCUUGGAAAGUGACCUGGCAAGAUUUAAAAGACAAGUUCAGAGAAGCAGGUCGUGUUGUUCGGGCAGAUGUUUUAAUGGAUGACAGCAAGAGAUCCAAGGGUUGUGGAACCGUUUUGUUUGAGUCCGAAGAAGAAGCUGCUCGUGCAGUCUCCUCUUUCAAUGGUACGAUGAUGGACGGGCGUGAAAUUGAGGUCAGAAUGGACCGCGGGUGACCACAGGCUGAGUAUUCAGGCAUUCAAGAAGAAAUGUAGAAAACAUUUUGUUUCAUUGUCUUUCCUCUUAAAGUUCCCGAGAAUGGUUCGAGAGUAAAGGCCAUGUUACACGGUGCAAUUUUUCUUGCAACUUUCAAUGCAACCCUAUUUUUAAGAGAUGUAAUUUAGUGC